UAUAACACUUCGGCUAUCUCCGUUUGUUACUUUUUAGGAUUAUCGCCGCCACUGUCAAUCACUGUACGUUUCAUACAAUCGCUAUUAUAGCUUAGAGAGUUUCGCUAGGCUGUUUGGAGCUUGGACGUCGGCUCAGUGCUGACUUAGGUAGUGACUAGUGUGUCGUAUAAGUCGAUUGUUGGCUGUAGUGUCGACUUCGGUCUCGAGUGAAGUCUCGAAUUUCGCGUCUCGAUUACAGCUCUUGGUGCGAAUAUUUGUAGAUAAGAAUAGUGUAUGUCAGUGAUGUGAAUGUGAUUCGUGAAUUGAAAAAAUAUUUAUUAUUUGUUUCGUUGGUGUUCACAGUUGCUAGAAAAACAUGUUUUAGUUGUUAUUUGGUAUUUAGGGUUUUGUAUUUUAUUUUUAAUUAUAUGAAACAGUGUUCAAUAUUUUGUGAGGAUACGACACACAAAAGAAAUAUGCAGUUCUAUAUUUAGUUACUCCAAUUCAUAAUAAAGUGAUUGUGAACAAGUUUUGAAUUGAGUAUAUAAUAUCUAUCAAAUAUAUUUUUAUUUAAAUGAAUCCAUCGAAAGCAAUGUGAAUUAAAAACAGCUUUACUGUUGUUCUGUAAUUUAAUCUCAAAGCGUUACAGCUCAACAUGUCUUCGUAUGAAAAAUUAAAGCUUCUCGUUUGGAAGAAUUUUCUUCUGCAAAGAAGACACAAAUGGCAGACUGCUUUCGAGAUAGCUUCACCUGUGAUAUUUUCGCUGUUUCUUAUAUUAAUACGAUGUCUUGUCGAUCCUCAAUCAAAGCCCGAAAUAUCAUAUUCACCCUUUCUUCCGACCUACUUUGACAUGACUGGAAGGCAAUUUGGUAAUCUUACUACAGCAAAAAGGGAGGGAUCACUUGCAUUCUCACCUGAUAAUGAACUCACAAGGAGAGCAACAGAAAAAGCAAUGGCAACAGUUGCUUUAGAUAAUCUUGAUGGAUUAUCUGCUUUUUUUUUUAAUCCUAAAAUGUUACCAGAACCUAAGGGCUACAAAAAUGCACAGGAACUAGAAAAAGCACUCACUCAACCAAAUGCUAUGAAUCAGAUUCUUGUUGGAAUCCAAUUUGAUGAUGAUAUGGCCAAUGCAACACAAUGGCCUGAUGAUAUAAAACUGACAUUAAGGUUCCCUGCAGUAAUGAGAACACCUAUGUUGGAACAUCCAUUGAGAGCAAGUUGGAGAACUAAUCUAUUAUUCCCCCUGUUUCCCCUACCGGGACCUAGAGAUCCAGCAGAUAUGUAUGGUGGCAAAACACCAGGUUACUCACCAGAAUUGUUUCUUGCUGUUCAGCAUGCCGUGUCUCAAGAAAUAAUAAAGGAGAAAUCUGGCCAACCAAUUAUCACACAAGUGUACAUGCAACGGUUUCCCCAACUUGCUUAUAGAGAAGAUAACUUACUGGUUGCAAUGGAGAGAUUUAUUUCUAUGAUCAUAAUGCUGUGUUUUGCAUACACAUUUGUUAAUACUGUCAGAGUUGUUACGGCCGAGAAGGAGUUACAACUAAAGGAGACGAUGACAAUAAUGGGAUUACCGUCCUGGCUCCACUGGCUCGCCUGGUUCAUAAAGCAGUUCUCGUUCCUGAUGAUAUCCGUUGUGCUGAUGGUCAUCUUGUUCAAGAUCCCGUUCAACUCGACGGCGGACGGUGAGCGGUACUCCGUGUUCACGUUCACGCCAUGGACCGUGCUGCUGUUCUUCAUGCUGCUGUUUGUGAUGGCCUCGCUGGCGUUCUGCUUCAUGGUGAGCGUCUUCUUCACGAGAGCGAACACGGCGGCGUCGUUCAUGGGUCUGAUGUGGUUCUCCACUUACGCCGCGUACUUCCUAACGCAGAUGCUCUACGAGGACGUCAGCCUUCACGCCAAGUUCCUGCUCAGCCUCAUCUCGAACGCGGCCAUCGGGUUCGUGCUUCAGAUGUUGAUCGUGUGUGAAGGGACAUCGCAGGGUUUGCAAUGGAGCGAGUUGUUCUCCCAAGUAUCGUACCACGACGAGUUCCGACCAGGACACGUGGUGCUCAUGUUGAUCCUGGACACGAUCCUCUACAUGUCUAUUGCCAUGUACGUCGAGAAGAUUCGACCGGGAAUGUACGGGGUGCCGCUCCCCUGGUACUUUCCCUUCACAAAGAAGUUCUGGAUGCCUAACAAGACUAAAAUGCCGACCAUUACACUCAGAGACGGUGUUGACCAGGAGUAUAAAAAUGCAUUAUUGCAAGUAAUUCACGAUGAGGAGCCGAAAGGAGUGCCCAUGGGUAUCAAUAUAGAGAAUCUCACGAAAAUCUACCAAGGACGCAAGAAAGUUGUUGAUAAUUUAAAUCUGAGGAUGUAUGAAAACGAAAUAACAGUACUGUUGGGUCACAACGGUGCUGGAAAGACUACCACCAUAUCUAUGCUGACUGGCAUGGUGCCGCCCACGUCGGGCUCGGCCACCAUCAACGGGUACGACAUCGUGUCGGAGACGACCCAGGCGCGCGAGUCGCUGGGGCUGUGUCCGCAACACAACGUGCUGUUCCCGGACCUGACCGUGGCCGAGCACAUCGUAUUCUACUCGCGGCUCAAAGGCGUCCCCAACUCCAGGCUCGACGACGAAGUCAACCACUUUGUUAAACUCUUAGAACUGCAGGAAAAGAGGAAUGUGGAAUCAAGACAUCUUUCGGGCGGGCAACAGCGACGGUUGUCAGUGGGCGCGGCCAUGUGUGGCUCCUCCAAGGUUGUUCUGUUAGACGAGCCCACGUCCGGCUUGGAUCCUGCUGCGAGGAGGUCGCUCUGGGACCUCUUACAGAAGGAGAAGAAAGGUAGAACAAUGAUUUUAACGACCCAUUUCAUGGAUGAAGCCGAUAUUCUUGGGGACCGCAUCGCGAUCAUGUCUGGCGGUCGACUGCAAUGUGUCGGGACACCGUACUUCCUCAAGAAACACUACGGUAUCGGAUACAAGCUCACAAUAGUUAAGGAAGAUGGAUGUAAAGUAGAAGAUGUCACCAAAUUUUUCAAGACCUACGCACCCGACCUCAGAGAGAAUACAAAUAUAGGAUCUGAGCUUACGUACAUAAUACCAAACGAACAUGUCAAACAAUUUCCCGAAAUGUUGAAGAAACUUGAAGAGCAAAAGACAGCGUUAAAGAUAUCAAGCUAUGGUCUCUCGGUUACAAGUCUUGAAGAAGUUUUCAUGAAGUAA